UCGGCCCUGGUUACAGUACUCGCCAUCCGCCAAGAUUUCGAAUGCAUCUGGACAAAAUGACGUCCACAUGUUGGCGGAUGGCGAGUAGUGCGACGAGGCCCUCCGCGGAACAAGCCCACGAUGACCACGGCAUCUCGAUUAAUAGCGCCAUCGGGCUGAAGCUGGAAACUGAAAGCUGAAGUUGGUCAUGUCGAUAUCGGAGGAAGGUACGUACUUAUCUGCUGAUUUUUUGUGUACGUGGUUUGGAUUUUUUGGAACCUUUAUUCAAGUGCAGUUAUUUACAGUAUUUUACACUGUUUUACAUCACCUCUUUCCCAUUCGGUUUGUUUCGUAUUUGUCCUCGUUCUCCAGGAAUUUGAUGAAUACAUCCCGGACGUCUUUAUCUUUGCAACUCUUGAUAUACGCCAGAAUGGCCGUUCGGAUAACCUGCCAUGGGAAUUCCAGGAGUUUGAGCUCUGUAAUUUGCAACUUUAAAACCGCUGUAUGUCCUCUCGUGCAUAAGUAUUUGCUACGAUUCUGUGAAGUGUGCCGAUGAUCGUGAGCUUUUUGGUGUUGAUCGAGCCCACGCUCCUGAAGUGACAGACAGACCUAAGAGAGAGAGAGAGAGCUCAACAACCCCUCCUGGAGUGAUGUCUCAUUCGUUAAGUUUUUGCGUGCACUUCAGGAGGGGUUUAUCUUCCAUCUUUGUUACCGUUGUUUCCAGAUAAUUCCAUUUUAUGCUGCCAAUUUCGGCCGUAGUUUCCAACUUCAGGGAUGGGUGAUAGCAGCUUCCAAAUGAUCGAAAGCAUGUCCUUGCUUCUUCUUCCCUUCCUUUUUCUGCUAUCAUGAUCAUCAUUACAUCAUCUACGAAUCGCAUGCCAUGUAUCAAUCGUCUGUCCACCCCAAUUCCAUUUAUCCAAUUGUGUUCAUCAUAUGCACAUACCAGAUCCGACGGAACUUCUUUGUACCGAAGCUUGACGCAAGUGACAUUUCUCACGAGAUGUGCAGGAUCGCUGCAGUCAAAUGAGUUUGGCAGCCAAGCCUGUAUUCGUAGAGCUGCAUCUGAAUCGCCCGCAUGGUGUUCGUCAGAAUGGGCUCUGCGGGACUCCUUCAGCCAACUCCUUGGCCAAGCUAACAUUCAAUAUGAUCCUAGAUUCUCUAGGGGACAUGGGGCCAUCCCACCUGCAAAGGAAUGUGUUGCCCAAAGAACCCUGGGAGCGAUGACACAGAAUGGGGGGGUAGGAUGCGCGGCGGUUAGGGAUCGCAGGGAGAGACGGCGCACUUGUGACCAUGGCAAGGUAAGGCAUGCACACACGCUGACAUCGGAGAAGUCGGCACCAAAUAAGAAACUGGAUAGUCAAAAGUUUCUGGAGCUGAACAAGGCGGAGCUCGACGAAGUGGAGAGGGGAGUUCGUGUCGGUUUGCUAGCUUCCCCGUCGCACGAGUUUGUUGGAGGCAUGUUCGCGACAUGGCUAAGUGGCGGUGUCGUUGUCCCGUUGGGGUUGUCGCAUUCGAACAGGGAGUUGAAUUACGUGAUGAAAGACGCAGGGGUGUCGAUGAUCGCCACCACGCUAGAGCAUCUUGAUACCGCUGUGCCGCUUGCCGAAGCGUGUUCGGCAAAGCUUGUACUUUUACCCCCAAUGAGACCGAGCCCUUCUGAGGAAUGCCUGACGGAAACCUCAUUGCGGUGGACUGCUGGAAGUGUAAGGGGCCCAGCCGAACUGUGCAUCGGAUUUGAGGGCAAUCUGGGACCUGUUGGUUCCAAGGGGGUGCACAGGCAAUCACAGCCACACGAUGACAAACAUCAUUCCGAGCGCACAUCGUCAGGGAGAGGCACCGUAACUGCCACCGGGGGUCAACGAGGCGACAGCUUAGGUAUGAUGGGGGAUACCUGUACCAGCGAUAUUGCUUCGAGAAUGGAUGGCGAUUCGCCGGCGUUGAUCAUUUAUACAAGCGGGACGACGGGACAUCCGAAGGGUGUUGUGCAUACACACAAAGAAGGGCGGAUUCGCAAUUCGUAUAAGCGCUCAGCAUGCAAAGAAGACCCAGAUCCCUACGACUCUGAAUUUGGAGAUAGCGCAGUGCACAGCUUCGUCGUCCCGCACGGGUGCGAACAGACGAUGACACCGCUGGCAGCAUCCGUGGCGGCGGAAACUGGUUAUGUGCCGGUGCAAGUGGGUGUUGAGGGUGAAGAAGAGGAAUGUGAUGGAUCUGCGCUGGACGAGGUACAUAAUGUUUUCGUAUAUGGCACUCUCUUGGCGGACGAACUGUUGAUGGCACUGCUGAACCGUGUUCCGGAGAGCACUUUCGGCUACAUCGAAGACUAUCACAGGCAUUCGAUAAUUGGACGCCCUUACCCAGCCGCCUACCGUUUGCCUGGCGGGAAGAUAGAUGGUCGACUUCUGUUGAAUUUGACGAAGAAGGAGCUAGAUAUUCUCGAUUGGUACGAGGCCGAUGAAUACAUUCGGUUAGGGGUCGACGUUGUCGUUGUCCCGCGCAGUGGCAGUGCUCGAGGUGACAACGUGUCAUUACCGGUGGCCAACUCGCCACAGGUAGAAGGUGGCGUGCUCGAAGUAGCGGUGCCAGCUCCACACCGCGGCACGGAUGUGGAUGCGGCAGUGGAAGCACGGCAGCAGAGCCAGAUCGCGGACAAUUCCGAAGAAGUCAUCCCUCAUGACAAAACCAGUAGUAAAUACAACGUAUCGCGCGGAGCAGCAAAGUCAGCACAACAGGAAGAACCCGAGUCAGUGCGGGAUGACGCCGAGAAGAAUACGGACUCCCAGGCCCAGCAGUCCUGUUUCGACCGAGGAGGAGAAAACGUCGGCCCAAACAGAUCGCAAGUGGGAAGUGAAGGCGAAAAGGGUACUGUAGAAGUCGGGGGCGGACAAAAAAGAGAGAAGGGGGAAGGGCACAACAAGGAGCCGGUGAUGACAGGCAAGAAAACAGAGAAUGCAACAGUCCUCAAGGCCCUCAUCUAUGUCUUCCGCGAUGAUUUUAAGUCGGGAUUGUAUGGAGACUGGGAGUACUCGGAAUUCAGACGCAAGCAUUUACUAGAAUACAUCGAUAUAUGCAGGGAAUGCGUCGAGUUAAUGGAAGGUUAAAUUCGUUAAUUAAUUUGGCAAUUCAUAGUAGAUGUUCAAUUUCAAAAUGGAAGAUUCUUUAUUCAACAUAGCCAAAUUCAAUCAGAACAUUUGCGACGGUUAAUGUCCAAAAGACUCUAUAAUUGUCUAAAUUCAAUGAUAUUUGUCCAAUUUCAUAGAGAUUUGAGCGGCUGUCAGCUAAUGGCAGAAGGAAGGAAGGAGGGGGGAGGGGGGAGGGGGGUAUAGGUAAGAUAUUAGUAAUUAUUAAUUUAUUAUAUUACUUGUUUGCCUUCAUUGGAGAGGCAAAAUGAAAAAAAAGCUAAUGGACCAACAAACCUCUUUCACAAUA